AAGGCUGGAGUCAGAAACCUCCCUGGGGGAUGAGUCCCCCCGCUCCUGGCACAUAGCCCUGAUCCUGGGGCCUGGCUGCCAGGCUCCGCCUGGGCUGGCAAAGGGGACCAGAGGUUGGCCGCCCAGAUCCUGAGCUGGCUAGGCACAAUGUGUCAGGGUGACAGGGGCCCCUUAGGGGCCUCAGGUGGGAGGGCCGAGGGUGCUGUUAGCUUGCGUGUCAGUGGUGGGCAGCCCUGUGUGGCUGCCAGUGCCGGGUCACCUUCUCUCCCAUGGGACGGGUCAGCCCCAUGUGUGCAGGGCCCAUCCUUCCCGGAGCAUCACUACUUGGUGGGGUGUCCUCAGCAGAGCUGGGGAGCCAGGGCCUAGGCUGCAGGUUAAACUGGGUGUGGGGGAGGGCAGCGCAGCUUCCAGUGUCCACUGCAGUCAGCUGCCAGCGCUGGGUGGGGCCGCCUCUGCCCGGGGCUGGGGUCCUGUUAGCCUGUGCUCUGCUCUGAGGGCCCAGGGGGUAGGGGUAGGGGUAGGCAAGAUGGCCCAGAGCCGAGAGGUGCGAGGGGAGACUGAGGCUGGUUGCCUGGGGCUCCUGCUCUUUCCUUGCUGGCCAGCAAGGGCAGAGGAGCCCAGGCUGGCGUCAGGCUCGGCCAGCUGCCCACAGCCUCUCUCAGAGGGCUGGCUCCUUGACCUUCGCUCCGAAUCAGGUGUCUGCAGCUGGGGUAGCCACCCCUGGGCAUGGCCUGUCCACGCCCUUCAGGGCCUGGGGAGGUGGGGCCCUGAUGGCCUAUCACAGCUUGCUUCCCACUAUCUCUGCCAAUCAGGAGCAACAGGGAGGGGGAGCUUAGGUCCCCCUGCCUGUGGUGUGGCCCAAGGGCAGCUCCGGGUUGGGGCAUGCUAAAAGGGCACAACGGCAGCCCGGAGGAGCCCAGUGUCCGAGGGCCCAGAGCCACCCUACCCUGUCGCCCAGCAUCCCAACCCAGAGACUCUGGCCUCCACCAACUGCUGAUCUGGGACCAAGGUCCAACCCCAGGGCUCGUGGAGCCUGCGGGCCAUGGUUGCCAGCCUAGGAGUGCCCAGCCGGAUGGAAGCCCAAAUCUGAGCUUCUGCUCCCCUCCCCCAGUAACGCCAGGAUUCUAUAGAGGCCUGACUCAGUUACCUGGGAGACAGGCCUGCUGGCCCAAGCAAAGAUGGGGGGCCUGAGAGGGCUAGGACUUGGCAGAGCCCUGCUGGGGUAAAUCUCCAGGGUCCCAGCUCCAUUUCCCCUGGGGGUUUAGCUCUGCCCAGCUCUGCCAACCCAUCUGGGCACUUAGCACACCUCCCCUCCCCCAGGCCCAGUCCCACAGAGCUUCUUGAACCUUCUGUCUGUCCCUACCCCCCAUGUAGGUCUCCUGCUCCCCUGUCAUGGGGACACUGGGCGGGCACUGGGCCUCGCCCCAAGCCCCGCCUGCCUCCUCAUGCACUCCCUAUGGCUCCCUGGGGCAGAACUGUGCCCAGACGGGUGGGGCGGGGCCCAGCGGCCCCGACUUCUUCUUCAGCCUUUUCUGUCCCUUUCAGUGGGGCCAGCAGGCGGCCGCGAAGAGGGUGCCCUUCACUUUGAGCCCCUCUACACGGGCUCCCUCUUCCCAGCCCCGGCCCAUCGAGUCUGGACCCAGCCUCCUUUUCCCCGCCCGAAUCCUGCUGUGUCCUGACCUUCCUGCCUGGUCUGAGUAGGGUCAUGGCCUUGAGGGCAGGUGACCACAGCCAGGUUGCAAUGAACGGGCUGAAGGAGAAGGUGCUGACGCUGGACACCAUGAACCCGUGCGUUCGGAGGGUGGAGUACGCAGUGCGCGGGCCCAUUGUGCUGCGCGCCCUUGAGCUGGAGCAGGAAUUGUGCCAGGGGGUAAAGAAGCCCUUCACGGAGGUCAUCCGUGCCAACAUCGGGGACGCGCAGGCCAUGGGGCAGAAGCCCAUCACCUUCCUGCGUCAGGUCCUGGCCCUCUGUGUGCACCCCGAUCUCCUGAACAGCCCCGACUUCCCUGAGGACGCCAAGAGGAGGGCUGAGCGCAUCUUGCAGGCAUGUGGGGGACACAGCCUGGGGGCCUACAGUGUCAGCUCGGGUAUCCAGCUGAUCCGGGAGGACGUCGCCCGGUACAUCGAGCGGCGCGACGGAGGCAUUCCCGCAGACCCCAACAACAUCUUCCUGUCUACCGGGGCCAGCGACGCCAUCAUGACGAUGCUGAAGUUGCUGGUGGCGGGAGAGGGUCCCACCCGCACAGGCGUGCUCAUCCCCAUCCCGCAGUACCCGCUGUACUCCGCGGCGCUGGCCGAGCUCGAUGCUGUGCAGGUGGACUACUACUUGGACGAGGAGCGCGCUUGGGCCCUCGACGUGGCUGAGCUGCGGCGCGCCCUGUGCCAGGCGCGUGGCCACUGCUGCGCACGCGCACUCUGCAUUAUCAACCCCGGCAACCCCACUGGACAAGUGCAAGCUCGCGAGUGCAUCGAGGCCGUGAUUCGCUUUGCCUUUGAGGAGCGCCUCUUCCUGAUGGCUGAUGAGGUGUACCAGGACAAUGUGUAUGCGGAGGGUUCGCAGUUCCACUCCUUCAAGAAGGUGCUCAUGGAGAUGGGGCCGCCGUACGCGACACAGCAGGAGCUCGCCUCCUUCCACUCGGUCUCCAAGGGCUACAUGGGCGAGUGCGGGUUCCGUGGCGGCUACGUGGAGGUUGUGAACAUGGACCCUGCGGUGCAGCAGCAGAUGCAGAAGCUGAUGAGCGUGCGGCUGUGCCCGCCCGUGCCGGGCCAGGCCCUGCUCCACAUGGUGGUCAGCCCACCUGCGCCCUCUGACCCCUCCUUCGAGCAGUUCCAGGCGGAGAGGCAGGCAGUGCUGGCUGAGCUGGCGGCAAAGGCAAAGCUCACGGAGCAGGUCUUCAACGAGGCCCCUGGUGUCCGCUGUAACCCGGUGCAGGGCGCCAUGUACGCCUUCCCUCGCGUGCAGCUGCCCCCACGCGCCGUGCAGCGCGCUCAGGAGCUGGGCCUGGCUCCCGACAUGUUCUUCUGCAUGCGCCUUCUGGAGGAGACCGGCAUCUGCGUGGUGCCCGGGAGUGGCUUUGGGCAGCGGGAAGGAACCUACCACUUCCGGAUGACCAUUCUGCCCCCCAUGGAGAAGCUGCGGCCUUUGCUGGAGAAGCUGAGCCAGUUCCACGCCAAGUUCACCCGAGAAUACUCCUGAGCCCCGCCCCUGUUUGGGGCCAGGCUGGGCCAGCCCUGGACUACCAUGGCCAGGGCCCUCCCUGGGGGUCUCUGGAGCCCUCUGGACUUGCUCCCGCUACCUGUGGGGCUGGGCCCCUGCCUUUCUGCAGACCCUUAAUAAAGCUGAAGCAGCCUGA